GAAUAACGUGGUACCUAUUGUAAAUGUGUGUGUGUAGAAGUGGUGUAGAGAAGUUGAGUUUCACUUCAAAGUUGCUUUCCUGCUGUGCGUUGUUGGUAGUUGGCUUAUACAUUUUCAUGGCUUUUUACAUCUUAAUUAUAAUAAUUUAAAUAAAAAAUAUACAACGAAUAUAAUUGCUAUACUUGUUCAAAGGUUUUUUAAUGAGAUUUUGUUAAAAUGCUGCGUUUUUUAAGUCGUCGCAAAGAAAAUGUGAGAGGUGGAACUGGAGCUGGUGGCGCUCAGUAUUUGGCAAACAAGAACAAAAUAGAUUGUCGCGUAAUUUUACUAGAUUCUACAGAUCUGUCUAUUGAACUAUCGAAAAAAGCAAUGGGCAGUUUUUUGUACGAACAAGUGUUUUACGCCUUGGACAUUAUAGAAAAAGAUUACUUUGGCUUACAAUUCACAGAUGCAAAUCACGUGAAACAUUGGCUUGAUCCAACAAAGCCCAUUAAGAAGCAAGUUAAAAUUGGUCCGCCCUACACAUUUCGUUUAAAAGUAAAGUUCUAUUCAUCGGAACCGAAUACAUUGCGAGAAGAAUUGACACGUUACUUAUUUUUUCUGCAAUUAAAGCAAGAUUUAUUGGAAGGCCGACUGGAUUGUCCAGAUGAUAAAUCCUCUGAAUUGUGCGCACUAGCUUUGCAAUCUGAACUUGGUGACUAUGACGAACAUACUCAUAGUGCUGCUACAGUGUCAGAAUUUCGUUUCGUUCCGGAUCAAACGGAAGAGUUGGAAAUAGCAAUUUUGGAAGAAUACAAAACCUGCCGGGGUUUAACUCCAGCUCAAGCUGAAACUGCAUAUCUAAAUAAGGCUAAGUGGUUGGACAUGUACGGGGUGGAUAUGCAUACUGUUUUGGGUAAGGAUGGCUGUGAAUACCAUUUGGGGCUAACACCAACUGGAAUUUUAGUAUUUGAACGUGAUCAAAAAAUUGGACUUUUCUUUUGGCCUAAAAUUAGUAAAUUAGAUUUUAAAAAGAAAAAGCUAACACUUAUUGUUAUUGAGGACGACGAUGAAGGCCGAGAACAAGAGCACACUUUUGUGUUUCGUUUGUAUAAUGAGAAGGCUUGCAAACAUUUAUGGAAAUGUGCUGUUGAGCAUCACACUUUCUUCCGUUUACGUGCACCUGUUAAGGGUCCCUCAGCGCGUCAAAACUUCUUUAGAAUGGGUUCACGAUUUCGUUAUUCGGGUCGUACUGAAUUUCAAACAACACAGCAGAGUAGAGCACGUCGUACUGUGCAAUUUGAACGAAGACCUUCGCAACGUUUUGCCAGUCGACAAUCACAUUUGCUUCGAGAAAGACAACGAGCCACACAAGAGCCUACACCAUUACCACCAGCAGCAGCAACACCUGUUAGAGCUGCUCCAACGCCGGUGAUAAAUGUUGUUGCAGCUACUCCAGUUGCGCAAAAUAAUACUCCACAGGUAGUAUCCACGGAGGAUACUUUAUGUGCCGAUUCAAUUAAUUCCGGUUCACAAACAAAUACGUGCGCUUCUUUGGGACGUAAUUCAAUUAAAUCAUAUUCAAGUGCUGAAGAACCUGGUUACAGCAAAAUCGGGUCAUUCGGUAAAGCAGGACUGACUGUAAAAUUGGAACCCGAAUGUUUGGGCGCUAGCAAUGCAACAAAUCAAUGUUCACCUAACAUAAUAAAAACUUUUGAGGAAACAAAUCCAUUUAAAAACAAUGCAACCCAUCAUGGUUCAUUUGGAAAAUCGUCCAUUAGCUCAGGACUAAGCAUUAAGAGUGGCUUAUCGGAUAAAGAUAAAGAGCUAGAUUCAUUACUUAAAUCCAUUGUUAAAGAUCCAUCCCCAUCAAUAUUAGCGACUGAAGCUAUUAAUGACGCUAACAGUAUCAGAUUAACUAUAAACAAAACCUUUGAUAUGGAGCAUAACACGGAAACCUUAAAGCGACUAUCAAAUGCUGAAAAACCUAAUAACCAAGUUAAAUUGGCUAAUGUUGGCGGUGGAAUUUUGCCUCCUGGGCAUAUAAAGUGCAACAUAUUAAAAGCACGCGUUGAAGAGGAACUUGGUGCCAACUCGAAUGCUAAGCUCACCAAUCAAAUGUUUGUGCCUGCUGCCACUUCGGUUAAUAAUAACAAUAGCAUAUCCAAUGUACAUCAUAACGAUGGACCAGAUUCACUAAAUGCAACUUACAUAUCUGUGGGUGGUGACAAACUUACACUUAGCAUAAUCGAACAAAAGCCUACAACAACUGUUAGCAACAGUUUAUUUAGUGGCGCUAAAAACAACAGCAGUACGGCCUCUUCGCCCACAUCGCCAUUUGCAAAUGCCACAUUCAUAUCUGACUUCAAUGCACAUACUAACAACCUUGCACCAAUAUCACGUUUUAACAACACAUCCAUACAUACAAGCCUACCUGUCGAAAUUUCGAAUCCAACAUUAACCGUUAACGCUCCCAACUUAUCCACUGCAAAAUUAAACAUUCCUGCAAAUGAUAACUCGGUCACAAUGCAUUCUGCAAAUAGUACAUCAUCCACUUCACCCUCAUAUACCAGCAGCAGUACACCCAGUUCAGUGACCUCAACGACUUCGCCAGCUGAAAUGUUGAUCAAUGAGAUUUUCAUCAACAAUAUCAUCAAUAACAAUAAUUCACAAAGGCAAAACGAAGAGAAACGCUCUGAAGAAGCCGAUUCUAUACGCUCAACACCGUCAGCCGGCACAAUUCUGUUCUCCACCUUGAACGAACAGGAACGCCAACAAAAGCAAUUGGAUCAGCAAAAGGAACAAAAAAUUAUCCUUAAUGAAACGAACGAUAAAAAUCGCGAAAAAAAGUUAUCUAAUCACAAGACUCACAUUCCGGCCAACAAUGACAUGGUUUCACCUUGGUUAGUUUCCUCCGAAGUCGUUACUGCGCCGAAAGGCAAGGAACCGACAAUAAUACGAAAAUCGGUAAUUACAACACAGUUGUAAUUAUUCCAUGAUUUGAAGAUUUUAAUUAUAUACGCGUAGUUUAAUAGACAUAAGCAAUUUUAUACAAUAUACAUUAUAGUACGAAUGAUUAUGAUGAUUAUUAUUUAUAUA